GAAUCGGCGGCGCACACAUGUCAAGUGAUCCAGCGUCCACCAGCAACAACCGUUCAUGGCAAGCCCUGAUUGGGGAAAGUAUUGAUGCAACAGUGGGAGGCAGAAAGUUGUUGUCCUUCUUCGUCGUGACCGGCACGCUGGGUGGGGUAAAGAGGGCCUAAGAAGGGUUUGGAUGGGGUCUGCCCACACGCACACACAAGGGAGGGAAAUGCGUAGCAACUAUGCUGGUUCGUGGUUGACCCAUGCAUUUACCACUUCAUUCAACACUUUCAGAUAUGGGGGCGAACAGCGAAUAAGCGGGGGGACAACACGGUAUUGAAGAAGGUUGUUUGUUGUUUUGAGUAUUGUGCACCCUCCAUAGGCGAAGGGUUCAAGCCACACGCCCCUCGUCCAGCCUACCAACGCAAUCUUACCGCGGAUUUACACGAGCCGUACACAGUUCGACGAUGGGCAAUUGCGGCAAUUGCGAGGUGAAAGCCGCAGAGAAGCAAACUAAGGCGGAGGAAGUUCCGUCGGCAGAGACUGGGCAGCUCGAGGUUGUCAUGGAGUCGCCACAGAACGAAGGGCACAUGGAUAAAGUCCAGCGUGAAGGCCAAAUGGAUGAAGUCCAGCGUGAACCAAAAACGUCUCACAUGUCAAGACCAUCACGCGUUGUCCGAAUCACCGAUCACAAAGAAGUCAAAGAUUACCCUAUCAUCUUUGACGUGGCUACAGCAGACCACAAAGAAUAUGCGAUCAUGUCCCCCAAAUGGUUCUUUCAUCCAGCGCACCUCGUGAUCAAUCUCGUGACGAUGGUACUUUACAUGGGCCACACUGCGCUUCCGGGUGCUCCUGAGGAUCUGCAACCGAUAUUCAGCAGCAUCUCAAACAUGGCAUUUGCGAUGAUCGCUCCAGGAUUUGCCAUAAUGGCAGGAGCACCCAAAUGGAGUAUCCCCUACGGUGUGAUACUGUGUGGACUUGUCUGCGGGCCGGUCCAAUCAUUUCUGCUUGGCGGAGUCACUGUUGGAAGCGCAAUCAGUGUAUUGAUUUGGGUUGUUACGGUACUCCCGUUCGUACAAAGACGUUGGUUCCUUGUUGCGUUUGCUUCGUGGACAUGUUUCUUCCAGCUGGGGAUGAUAUUCGCAGUGAUCUACGCCGUGGACGAGAUUGACAAGCUGUUCGCAUUCAGCGAGUUGGCGCAAGGCCUGUCCCUGCCGAUUCUCAGCGUCGCGUACGCAACAAUCGGCUUUGCUUCGGUACGGCUCAUUACGCGCUGCACUGACACCACUGGUUUGCCCCAGGUAGCAAUGUCAACGUUCAUAUGCAUCAUGGCCUCAACUACCGAAGUAUUCAGGUUCUGUGCUCUGAUUCGCUCCGCAAAUGUCGAGGACACAGGUGUUGGCACGCAGCAGAUGUGUGUAGCAUGCGUGGCCAACUUUAUCGGGGACUCGUGGAAGAGAUGGGUCAUUGGUAAGCGCCUUCUCCAGAAAGUCACCCUUGGGCGAGUCGAAGCAAUCAUAUUCCCAGAACGAGAUGUGUUCAAUCGGACUUGCUUCUACGUUCAGUACACCGUCUUGCCGUUUUUCCUCGUCCUUGGCUUGUGGUGCCUGUUCGUGACAGAGAAACAGUGGGCUAAACAUCCCCUCUAUUGGGUCGCAUUCCCGUUGUUCAUCCUCGUGUCAAUCAUGUCUGACGCGAUAGCGGUAUUAUCGAAGACGCUGUUCUUCCCAGUGAAGAACGAGAGCUGGUGGCAAGGGUUCUGGCGCCUGAACGUGCCUGGGCAGAGCUGGCCUGAUUUGCAGAAUGAUGGAGGCAAGCGGUAUCGACUUCUGAUUGAACGAGGUGUGUACGUAGAUUUGGCGGAGGCAUACGCCAAGUCUGGGAUCAUCUCCCAGCAGGACCUAGCAAACUACAAGCCAAGGUACAGCAGCCACCCCUUUUUCACCGACGAGCUCAUUAUGGCCGCUGGGUUCAUGAUCACGACCCAGGCAACAGCGUUUUACGCAUGUGUGUCCACCAUGGGGGCUUUUUAUUAGCGAGUCUUUGUGCAUUACUACUGCGAGCCAUACACUAUGUAUAUAGAAUGUCGGAGCGUUGGGCCAGACCCCCGCCGACCGCCGACACGUGCCAACGAGGCCGUUCGGUUUUCAUGUUGGACGCGACACCGCCCUUUUGCAUUUCCCUUCGGCAGUACGACCCCUUUUUCCCUCCUCUCCCCAGACCUCUGGCGCCGUGGUCUUUUCAAGACGUGGUCCGGGUAUCCUCCGUUUUUCCAAAGGCCGCACAAGCGGGCUGCACGGAGCUCUCGAGACGCCCCCAGGCAGAUUCCCGCGUUCGAUGCCGCAUUCCACGCAAAGUGGUCAAUGAAUCCGAACUCGCGAUGCCGAAAAUAUCAUUGAGGGUAUUGAUCAUAUGUGUGCCGUAUUUCUGCUGCCGAUCGGAAUCGGUAUUGGGGCUUUGCACGCAGCAGGGGGGUGAGGCGUUGUAUGGCAC